AUGGAGAAACAUCAUGAAAAGCAAAAGGUGCUGCAUUUGGCUUUCAUUGACUUGGAGAAAGCAUAUGACAGGGUACCACGCCAAGAAGUAUGGAGAGGACUGAGGGAAAGAGGAGUGCAAGAGAAAUAUGUAAGGAUAGUACAAGAAUGCUACAAGGAUGUAACAACUAAAGUCCGGAGUACAGUUGGUACAACUGACAGUUUCCAUGUGCAGGUCAGCUUACAUCAGGGGUCGGCACUAAGUCCACUACUAUUCAACAUAGUAUUUGAUGUCAUCACUGAAAAUGUGCGUGAAGAUCCGCCUUGGUGUAUACUCUACGCUGAUGACAUUGUCUUGGUGACCGAGAGUAGAAGAACACCAGAGAGGAAACUAGAAGAAUGGAGAGUUGCAUUGAAAGUCUCUUGCGUGAUAUGUGACAAGAGAGUAGCAGUGAGACUGAAAGGUAAAGUUCACAAGGCAGUAGUCAGACCUGCCUUGAUCCACGGCCUGGAAGCAGCACCUCUGAAGAAGUCUGAAGAGAAGAAGAUGAAUGCGGCAGAAAUGAAAAUGUUGAGAUGGAUGGUAGGAGUGACAAGAAGAGAUGAAAUCAGAAAUGAAUACAUCAGAGGGACAGUUAAAGUAGUUGAGGUGUCAAAAAAGAUUCAAGAGUCAAGAUUGAGAUGGUUUGGGCAUUUGAGAAGAAGAGUUGGCGAAGAUCAUGUUGGAACAGAAGUCAUGGAGAUGGAAAUUCAAGGAAACAGAAGAGGGAGACCUAAAACUAGAUGGAUAGAUUGCAUAAAACGGAGAUCUAAGGGAGAAAAUAUAGAUAGAGGAAUGGUAAACAACCCGAAUACAUGGAGAAAACUCAUUCAAAACGGCGACCCCAUAUAG